AACCGCUGCAUUAUUUGGGGUAAAGGUCGCAGUAGACGCGAAUUCAUAUUCACCGUGGUCUGCAUGUAACUGGACUGCUAAAUUAGCAAGAAAUAUUUGUUUGAAAGUUUAAUCCCGUUUGAAGAGAGGACUGGUGAACCUACAUUAUGGCUUUACUCAGAGGUGUCUUUAUUGUAUCAGCCAAGCGCACUCCUUUUGGCACGUACGGCGGAGUGCUGAGGGAUCACAGUGCGACAGAUUUGGCCGAGCACGCAGCCAAAUCCGCCCUCGCUGCAGGACGCGUGGCUCCAGAAAUCGUUGACAGUGUCAUCGUGGGAAACGUCAUGCAGAGCUCAGCGGAUGCUGCGUACAUUGCUCGUCAUGUUGGUCUGAGGUGCGGAGUCCCCAUCCCGGUUCCUGCUCUCACUGUGAACAGACUGUGUGGUUCUGGUUUCCAGUCCAUCAUCAAUGGCGCUCAC